AUGGGUAAAGGACGUCGCAUGAAGAAGCAGGGCCCCCCGGCCCCGCUUGAUGAAUCAAAAAUCUCCAUUUUGAAGAAGCGCAAGGCUGCCGAGGCGGAGUCGGCGUCCAAGGCUGUCGCUGCGAAGAAGCGCCGCAGAUCUGAUGCCGAUGAGGAAGCUGUGUCCAAAAAGGCCGCUUCGAAGAAGAGCAAGGCCAAUGGCACUGCUUCGAGCAAGACUGAAACGAAGGAAGCUCCUGCAAAGAAGAAGCUUGUGCCUAUGGACUCCUCGGACGAAGAGGACUUGGAAAUGGAGGACGAUGAGUUUGCUGAUCUGGAUGGUAUCAGUGAAGGCUCUAUGGACAGUGACGAUCAGGUCGAGGGACUUUCGGACUUGGAGGAUGAUGAGCCCGAGGAUGAUUCAAUUGUCGACUCCGAUGAGGACGACCACCCCCGCCAAACCAUGUUUUCGGAUGACGAGGACCUUUCCGAUGCCGAGGAGAGAUUAACCGCUGCCAAUAUUGAGGGACUUUCAAGGAAGCUCGAUGCGGAGAGACAGGCUGAAGAAGAGGAGGCUGAACAGGAAUUACAAGACGCGGCUAUGCAGACUAACAUUGCCGGCGACGGGUCUUGCCCGGAUCUGCAACUCCUGCGCCAGCGCAUCACAGACACGAUUCGCAUUCUCGGAGACCUGAAGACCCUAGGACAGGCCGGCAAGUCGCGUGCGGAAUACGUCGAUCUCCUGCUCGGCGACAUCUGCACAUACUACGGCUACACCCGAUUCCUCGCCGAGAAGCUGUUCAAUUUGUUUACACCGAUGGAAGCAUUCGCAUUUUUCGAGGCUAACGAGACUCCCCGCCCUGUUGUCAUCCGUACCAACACCCUCCGAACAAAUCGUCGCUCCCUUGCUCAAGCCUUGAUCAACCGUGGUGUCGUGCUCGAGCCUGUCGGCAAGUGGUCCAAGGUCGGUCUUCAGGUCUUCGAGUCUCCCGUGCCUCUGGGUGCUACUCCUGAGUAUCUCGCCGGUCAAUACAUUCUCCAAGCUGCGUCUUCGUUCCUGCCCGUCAUGGCACUGGCUCCUCAGCCCAAUGAGCGUUGUCUUGAUAUGGCCGCCGCCCCCGGUGGUAAGACUACCUACAUGUCUGCCUUGAUGCGCAACACCGGUACUGUGAUCGCGAACGAUGCCAGCAAGCCCCGUGCGAAGGGUUUGAUCGGUAACAUUCACCGCUUGGGAUGCAAGAACACUAUCGUCACCAACAUGGAUGCCCGCACAGCCUUCCCCAAGGCUAUGGGUGGCUUUGACCGUGUGCUUCUUGAUGCUCCUUGCACCGGUACAGGCGUCAUUUCUAAGGAUCCCGGCGUCAAGACCUCCAAAGAUGAGCGUGACUUCCUGGCCAUUCCUCACAUGCAACGACAACUGCUCCUGGCCGCCAUCGACUCUGUUGACCAUAAUUCCAAGACCGGUGGAUAUGUCGUCUACUCAACUUGCAGUGUCACUGUCGAGGAGAACGAGUCAGUCGUGCAGUACGUUUUGCGCAAACGACCCAACGUCAAGAUUGUCGACACCGGUCUGGGCGACUUUGGUAGCCCGGGAUUCAUCAGCUACAUGGGCAAAAAAUUCGACGCCAAGAUGGCUCUUACCCGCCGUUACUUCCCGCACCGCGAGAAUGUCGACGGUUUCUAUGUCUGUAAACUGAAGAAGACCGGUCCUACCCCUGCGGUCAAGCCAACCGAUGUGACCACUGCUCGCGAACGCCGACCGGCUCGUGCCAGCUCUCAGGCUACCUCUACCGAUGAUGAGAUCGACAAGACCCCUAUCGGCCAUGGAGAAGAAGACGCGAUGGACUUCGAGGGCGGUGCCUUCGGACCUUUCGAGGAAAUUGAGGAUGCGGAUAGAAUUGAACGUGCUGAGCGUAACCGUCUGCGUCGUAAGGGUCUCAACCCCAAGGCAGUCAAGCCCAAGAAGGCCAAGGGAGAUGCUUCAAAGAAGCCUGCUGAGCCCAGCCAGGAGGAGCCCAAGGCUGAGGCUACGAAGAAGGACCAGCCCGGGAAAUCUUCCAACCAGGCCAAGGGAGAAAAGAAGACCGUGACCAAGAGCGACAAGAAGGAGAAGAAGGCCAAGAAGGCGGCCAAAUAA